CGAAACGAAAUUAUUUCCAAUUUCAUCAACAAGCCACUAUCCAACUUAGCGGUUGGUGCGUGUGCGUCGUACUUUAGCCAGUGGUACACAGUGGACCACGACGUUGCCACUUCGUGCAAACAGGAUGCAAAAUGGCCGCUGCCACUUGGUAGUGAACCUGCUCUGCGUCAGCUGUGUUGUGUGUUAUUUUUAGAUUGUGUUUGUGAAAUAUUCAACAUGGGUCGUGUUAGAAAAGGAGUCAGAAAAAUGGGCAACCACACAGAAGACGACAUGAGAAUGGCGCUCAACCUCAUAAAAUCCGGCCUAAGCAUUAGACACGCCAGUAUGCAGUGCCACUUAAGCUAUGCUACCGUCCGCAGAUACUUAAUCCUACUGAAAAGGAACGAGGGCAAACCUAUCCGGUUGACACCUAACUAUGCAGUUAACAAAGUGUUUAGUGAUGAAGAGGAGGAUUAUUUAGUGAAAUACAUUAAAAAGGGAAAAGAAAAGUUCAAAGGAUUGACAACAGAAGGCUUGUCUUCAAGAGACUGCCGACGACUCGCUUAUGAAAUGGCGAAAAUUAUUAAUAAAAAAAUACCACAGGCUUGGACGAAUGCUAAGAUGGCCGGUAUGGAGUGGCUUAGAUCGUUUAAGGAUAGGCAUCAGCUUUUAUUUCUAAAGAGAAAGGCGGGGGAAAUCGUAAGACAAACUGUGUUCGAUGAUGAUGAUAUGGAGUCGUUUUUUGGACAUUUGAAAAUUGUUAAGCAAGAGACGGUGAGCGAGCCGGCCGCAGAACCUUUGCCUGGCCCGAGUAGAGUUCCGACUGCGCAGACCUCUGAUACCAACGUGUCAUCCAAGGAGCAACAAGACCCUUUAAGCAGAGGGACCAUCGAGCAAUGUCGCUUCUGCGGUGAAUUCACCAAAUGCGUCUCCGUUUCCAACAAGCCAUAUAUCUCCAACAACACUAGACUAGCCUUCAACGACAUCACCGUACAACUGGACUUGAACGACGAAACCUUACCUAAGACCGUCUGCGAAACCUGCGAUGCGAAACUAAGAGACAUGCACGAUUUUGUCAAAGUCGUCAAAGCGGCUCAGGAAUCUCUGAUCAAUAUUGCAGAACCAAGACAAGUUGAUGUUGAAGUAGACGCUAGAGAUGAUUAUGAGACAUUAGUUGUUAAAACUGAAUAUGAGGAGGAAGAAGAAAAAGAUGAAGAGGAUACUAAUGACAAUGAUGAAAGUAAAGAUGGAAUUGUUGAUUCGGUUACAGUUGGAGAAACUGUAUUUAUCAAAGAAGCUGUAACUCAAAAAAGGAAAAGUAAGACUGCAAGUACUAAAAAGACAAAGAAAGCUAAAGUUACUGAAAUUAAAAGUGAGAAUGAAUAUAAUGAGUUGAUGAUUGAUAUAAAAGAAGAAGUUAUUGAGAGAGAUACAGAUGAUCUUGAAAGUAAUACAGGAUGUAUUGUUAGUGAUACAGGAUUCUCUGCUAGUGAUACAGGAACAGAUAAUAAACCAAGUGAAGUAGAACUUGCAACGAGUGCAUUAGUUUUUGAAAUGAGAAGUGACGGUAGUGGAUAUGGAUAUAAGUAGGGAAGCGGUUGAAGUGAUUUUUUUAAACAAUACAGUGUUUCUUUCAUUUAAUUUAUAUAUAAGGACAGGAAGUGUCUUUUGCGUUACGCUUGAUUAAUUGAUUUUGAUAUAUUUUUUCUUUGAUUGUAUAAUACUUGCAAAAGUUUUUAAUUUGUAACUAUCCUGGAUAAUUUUAUUUUGUAUCACUCAACUUCUAAAUCUCAACGGCUAUUAGAGUCUGGCUACUGAAAUAUAACACAAUAUUUUGGCGGGAAAUUCUAAAAAUCGUGGGCUGGUCACACUUUGUGUAGUAGGUAUUAUAGUUUUGAUACUAGAAAAUAUUUUUGAUUUUCUGUGCACACGUAAGGUACCUAAGGAAAUAAGUUAAUAUACAUUGACGUGCACUCAAAGUCAGCUCAUGUAAUUUCUAGCUCUAUGUAAAGUACAAAGAUAUAUAUAGACAUGUUCCGCCAAGAUAUUUUUAUAUAUUUAUUAUAAUUUAUUACUGACCAGUCAUUCCACAGAUUUCUUCUAAAUAGGUAUUAGUUUUCAGUAACUCGCUACGUUCCAAUGUUUCGAUUUUAUCGAUAUUUUCCAGUCCUAGUUUAUCCGUUUCUUUACACACUUGUCCUGUUCAUGAGAUUCAGGUAUUAAUAAAUUCACGUACUUAAUCAGAUAUAGGUAAAUGUUAGAUAGCACUAGUACUUAAAGUAUCAAAAUAAUUAUAGAGCACCAACCUACUAAAUUGUUCACGACUUGUAAACAUAGCAAUUUUUCGUUAUAGAACGCUUCAUGUCGACUUCUUACAUUAUCGUAAUUAUUUAUGAGCUUAAAUAAUAGUUUGCGGCCCUCACUCGGUAUAGUCAUUGUUAAUAUUAUUUAAAAUAAACCCGUUAUAAACCAAUUAAUUCAAUUCAUUUUUUCGUGUUAUGGCUCCAUCAAGGGCGAACAAUUUGAAUUGACAACAGUCUUAGCUUUUUUUUUAAUCAUAGACAAUUGGUGAUACAACAUGAAAAUAUCUGUCAACAAUAUUUGGCUAGCCAGACUCUAAAGCAAGAAGAAUUUUAUGUUCAGUAUUUUUUGUUCUAUCUAAGGUAAAUGUGGCAAAGAUCGUCUACCAGCUUUUUCUACGCUUUUAAUUCUUGCGUUAUACAUUCUCCUUUUACAGAAGAUCGGAAGAGUAGAAGGAGCGAUGCUCUUCCUUUCUGACUGUGUUCUAGUGACGUACGUAUACAAAUACAAGAGUUUUUGCCCUAUGACGGUCUUCCCAUCGAUGAAUUUUAUGUCGGUCUUAUCCACAUUGACCAUAGAGUAACAUUUUUUUUCUCAUGGUCAACGCUUUACACAUUGCUUAACACAUUCACUGCCGGGAACCCACCUGGUGGGCGCUCGUGAACUUUGGUCAGAUGCCGGACAACCCCCUGGGCGGGUUGUUUUGUACGCAGCUAUAGACCACCGGUUUCUGGGGUAGUGCGCCGUUUUUUGUCUGACAGUGAAUGUGUUAAUUUAAUUACUGUUAAGUAAGGUGUGUCAAGCGUCUUAUCAAAGUACCUUUUUUUCAAAGUAUGUUUUGUCUGAAUUUUGUAUGAAUAUAAUUCAGUGAGAUUAUUGUUUUUGUCAUGUGUCAUGUAAGUAUGUCAAGAUCAUUCGUGUUCGAACUUCCUUUUUAUUUUAAGCUUAAUAUUCUUAAUAAAGAAAAAAAAAUAAGUUUUCUA